AGCACCACGAACAACCCAUCAGAACCCAUCUUGCCUUUGGGAGUCCUACGGUUGUUGCUGCUGCCGCCGACGCCACCUCCUCCUGUUAACAACAUGCCAGGAGUCAAGCGAGUUCAACUAGACGGAUGGGGUUCCCACGCGGCUGGGAAGGUCAUCUGCGUGGACUCGGAUCGAUCCACAAACUCACAUAUGGCCGCGGCCCCUGCGUACCACUACUAUCACAACUCCUUCCACGCACAGAACCAACCUAUAUUCAAGCAAGAAUCUCAACCAACUCUGUCUUCGUCGUACACGUCGAAGCAGCACCCGUACAUGUAUGGCCAAUCCCCUCCACCGCCGCCGUCGAUCGACGCCGCGCAAGUGGAGAUUGCCCGCCACUGCACCGCCAUCGCCAAGCAAGUCCCGCACCUCCCAAUCUCGCUCCACGAAUGUUCCGUGUGUCUCUCAAGCAACGCGCACACGCAAAUCGCUCCAUGUGGCCACAUCUUUCACAGUCGUUGCUUCCUCCGGUGGUACCGGUCGAAUCGCACGUGUCCAAUGUGUCGUGGCGGCGUCGACCGCGUCCAAGUCGCCACGCCGGUCCUUGAAGAAGUCGACGUGCUCAUGGCGUAUGACAGCGACGACGACAACAUGGACGUGACUUCGGUAUCCAACGAUCCGUCCUCGCUCAUGGAGGACACGGAGCUGCUGUCGUUCCUCACGCAGGACGACGCGACCACGUCCCCUUCGUCGGCAUCGGCCUUGUCGGACGAUACCGACUUGUUGCCGAUGGAAGACAUGGAAAUCCUCGAGGAUCUCGCCUCGUUUGACGAAAAACCUCUGGCCACCACGUACGCCAUGCCGCCGCCGCCAACGCCGCUCGCGUUUACGCCGGCGACGACCAUGCCCAACUACUGGAUGGUGCUCAACAACCACGGCCAGACGCUUCUGCCGGUCCAUCCCACGGCGGCGCGCGUCGUGCCCAUCGCGCCGCGGCCCAACGCCCCCGUCACGUCCUCCCACCACUUUCACGGCAGCACCAAGCCGAUUCCCUCGUCCUCCAACAUGGUCGUGCUCGCGCCAUCGUCGACCAAGAUGCACUCGUGUCGGUGUGCCGGCGGCUGCCGCAACGGCCGCUGCGCGUGCGUGAAGGAGGGCAGCAUGUGCGGCAUCACAUGCCGGUGCACGUCCUGUAAGAACCCGUUUCUAAGCAUCGCCAUGGCCGGCAUCGACGUGUCGUCGCUCAUCAAGGACGACUGCUUCAUGCACAACCUGUCCAAGAUCCGAGACAUGAUGACCAAGCUCCACGAACGGCUGCCGCCUCCGUGUUGCGCCACGUCAUCCCACGACACCCUGACGAUCCUCGACUGCAUCGACGGCUACACGUGCAAAACCUGCGACAAGGUGUACGACUUUUCCUGGUGCAGCAACAAGCUGUGCGAUCGAGAAAAGCACAAGCGCAACCACUGCUCCAAGUGCAAACGCUGCGGCGACCACCGCGAUGUUCAUUGCGAUAACUGCAAUCGGUGCUACUUUGCCGGCGUCUCGUCCAGCUUUGCAUGCGCGUGCCAGGAAAAGAUAAAGGAAGCCGCCAAGUCGACGAGUGGAAGCGGCGCGGCGGCGGCGCGAGGUGGAGGACCCAGUGCAACGACCGCCGACGACGGCGAAGAAGGCGAAUGUUCCAUCAUGUAACCCCCCCAUCCCCCCCCGACCACCUACCUGCAACAAGAUGAGACGUCGCGCUGUAGGAAUAGAUCAACAUAAUAUAUAUAUACAUAAUACAUGGUGUGAGUUGCGUG